AUGACCUUACACCUCCAACGGCCGUCCUGGCACGCAGGCGAGCUCGCCAUUCACAAGCUGAUCCACGUUCCUACACCAAACAACCCGACAGCCGCGGGACUACCUGCCAGCUACAGCCACCGCGUGCAGCAAUCACCUCUGGUGGCCUUCGGCGCUCUCGACGACGACGGGCGGCCGUGGACGACCAUCUGGGGCGGGGUGCCCGGUUUCGCGAGGCCCAUCGGGCACGACCUGCUCAUGGCCAGGAGCCUUGUGGACGGGAGGCACGACCCCGUCAUCGAGGCCCUGUUCGGCAGUGUUGAGGGCGGCGGCGGCAAGUACCAGAUGGACCCGGCCGAGUUCGCGUCCGGCGGAGGCAAGGUCGUGUCCGGGCUGGGCAUCGACCUCGCCACGCGGGACCGGGUCAAGGUGGCCGGGAGGCUAGUCGAGGGCGGUAUCACGACGGAGCCGGGCCCGCUCGGCGGCGGCGAGGACGGCGUCGCGCGCGCCGAGAUGGUGGUUCUCGUCGAAGAAGGCCUGGGUAACUGCCCAAAGUACCUCAACAAGAGGGACAUCCGCGCGGCGGUCCCCAAGCCGAAGCUGGUCUCCGACUCCCUCCCGCUCCCGAGCGAGGCCGUGGGGCUGCUGGACAAGGCGGACCUGUUCUUCCUGUCGACUGCUUCCGCAGAGGGCAGGACGAUGGACACUAACCACCGCGGCGGGCCGCCGGGCUUCGUGCGAAUCAUGCGCAACCACGCGGACGACGGCGUCGACCUCGUGUACCCGGAGUACUCGGGCAACCGCCUGUACCAGAGCCUGGGGAACAUGCACGUGCGGCCCCUGGUGGGGCUCUGCGUGCCGGACUUCGACACGGGGGACGUCCUGUACCUGACGGGCGGAACCACGAUCCUCGUCGGGGCCGACGCGAGCAGGGUCCUGCCGCGCACCAAGCUCGCCGUCAAGAUCCACGUCACCGCCGCCAGGUACGUCGCGAGGGGCCUGCCGUUCCGGGGCGGCGCCGCGGACUACAGCCCUUAUAACCCCCCGGUGCGGCGCCUCGCCGCCGAGAAGGACCCCGCCCUGGCCCCGGACACCGACGCCAGACCACCCGCGACAGCCACGCUCGUCAGCCGGGACAUGAUCACGCAGGCAGUCGCGAGGUUCACAUUCAAGCUGGAGACGUCGAGGCCGAUGCAGAGGUGGAGGCCCGGCCAGCACGUCACGCUCGACUUCGCGGCCGAGCUGGACGUGGGCUGGUCGCACAUGCGCGAGGACGACCCGGCGAGCCUGAACGACGACUUCGUGCGCACCUUCACCAUCUCCAACGCCGCCCCGUCGGGGAGCGGCGGCGGGGACGUGAUAAGCGACGGGGCAGAGCUCCAGAUCACGGCGAGGAGGCACGGCCCCGCGACGGCCUUGCUGUGGAAGCAGCCCCUGCGCGUCCCGCUGGAGCUGCCGGUCCUGGGCUUCGGCGGCUCCGAGGCGUUCCGGGUGCCACUCGGGAGCAAGAACGAUGAUGAUGAUGGCGGCGGCGGCGAGGGGACGGCAGCAGUGUUCGUCGCGGGCGGCGUUGGCAUCACGCCGGUCCUCGCGCAGGCGCCGGGCCUGCUCGCCUCGGGGACGGGCUUCUCCUUGCUGUGGAGCCUGCGCGCGGCCGACCUGCCUCUUGCGCUCGACUCGUUUGUCCGGUGCGAGGGCCUUGCUGGGCGGAGUCGGGUGUUUGUCAGUGGCGAGGCUGGCGCGCUGGAGGACGCAGCUGACCUCAUAUCAAAGAUCGAGAGUCUCGGCGCUGUGGUGAAAGGGGGCAGGCUGACUCGGGAUGAUGUGUUGCAACCUGGCCAGGCAGAGAGGAGAAAAUACUAUUGCUGCGCGGGGCCCGAGUUGCUGAGGCCACUUCUGGGGUGGUUGGAGGGUGAGGAGGUGGUCUACGAGAGCUUCGAGUAUUGA